AAUCAACGGUACAGAUGUCUCCGACGCACAGGGACAGUGCGGCCGUCGGAGGACCAACUCCUCCAGCCAAGCGUUCCGAAACCACACCUGAUUUUGCCCACAGUUUCUGAGAGAAAAGAAACCUACAGCUCGACCCAGAUCAUCUCUGACUCCCUUCAGAAUCAACCGACAGCUUCCAGAAUUUCUUUGAUAACACCUCGCAGGGUUUUUAUCGCACCUAAAUUUCUAUCUGUCUGUUGUCUGGGUCUGCUGUAUCAUUCUGAUCAUUGGUUCUAGCCCAAAUCUUGUUCUCUUUCCGGUUCGUCUGAGUUUGAUCCCGCCUUUAUCCUCUCAAAUCCACUAAACCUCCUCCAAAAGAUUGAUUUUUUCCGCCUCGAAAGCUCAGAUAUUUUUUCGUUGGGUUUGUGCCGUCGGCGGGGGCGCGAAAUCCCUUAAGCUGGCGACCCCGGCGCGGCCAUGGACCUCCCAGAGAGCUCUGUCCCCUGCGCAGACGAGGGCCCGGCACCUCACCGUCUUGGCCCCGUCGACCGCGAGGAGCUGGUGCGCGCCAUGACACAGUCGCUCUACUCGCUCGGGUACCGGCGGGCGGCGGCCGCGCUCGAGGUGGAGUCCGGCGUGCCACUGUACCCGCCGGAGCACGACCGCCUGCUGCUCGAAGUGAUGGCCGGCCGGUGGGACGCGUCCGCGGAGACCGUCCGCUCGGUCGCCGGCGUCGGCGACGCGGACCGCGCGGUCGCGGAGUUCCUAGUAUGGAGGGGCUACUACCUGGAGCUCCUGGGGAUGCACGGUGACGCUGGCCUGCGCCGGGCGAGGGAGGUGCUACGGCGCCGGAUUGCGCCGCUCAGCGUCGACAGGAGGUGUGUACACUGGCUGGCGUGCGCCAUGGUCUCCGGUGAGGGGGCGGUUGCGCCGGAGGCCGUGGUUGGGUGGAGGAUUGCGGUGUUCUUGGAUUUGAUUGAGGUGUUGCCACCAUGGUUCCAUGUGCCUAGUGGGCGGUUGGAGCAUUUGGUGGAGAGUGCGGUUACCAAGCAGGUAGAAUCUUGUAUAUAUCACAAUUUGCCGGAUGAGAUCACUCUGUUUGAAGAUCAUAGGUGCCAUGAAGAGCAUAUCCCCUCCCAGUGUGCACAGAUAUUAUGUGGUCAUAGUAAUGAAGUUUGGUUUGUAAGGUUCUCAAAUAAUGGAAACUACCUGGCAUCAUCUUCAAGUGACUGCACCGCUAUAAUUUGGAAGGUGGAAAAGGAUGAUACAUUGACCAAGAAGCACUGCCUCGAGGGUCACCAAAAACCAAUUUCCUUUGUUGCUUGGAGCCCAAAUGACAGAAUGCUGCUCACUUGUGGUACUGGUGAAUCUUUAAAACUGUGGAAUGUUGAUACUGGUGAAUGUAACCUUAAAUUCAGAGGCUCAGUAGACUACAUCAUCAGUUCAUGUGCAUGGUUUCCUAAUUCGGAGAAAAUAGUAUGUGCCAGCUCCGAGCCUGCAAGUUCUCCAAAUAGGAUCUUCACUUGUGAUCUAGAAGGUCAAGAGCUGGAAGUAUGGGCCGGAGAUAGAAUACCAAAAGUCAGUGAUCUUGCUGUGACACCUGAUGGCCGACACCUUAUCUUUGUAUCUUGCUAUGAUAUCUGGAUUAGAGAACUUCCAAAGGGGCGGGAAUGGAGAUUUCGUGAGAAGCAGACGAUUUCAUCUGUUUCUCUCUCAGGUGAUGGACAAUCACUCGUUGUGAACCUUACCAGUCAGGAGAUUCAUUUGUGGAAAAUUAAUGAAAGUUGUACUGUGCCUGAAAAGUUCAAGGGGCACAAGCAAGACAAGUUUGUGAUUAGGUCUUGCUUUGGUGGUUCAAACUCUUUGUUCAUUGCUAGUGGCAGUGAGGAUUCACAGGUCUACAUUUGGAAAAGGCACGUGGAGAUGCCAAUAAAGGUUUUGCAUGGCCACACGAUGAUUGUGAACUGUGUCAGCUGGAAUCCUGCAAGGCCCCAUAUGCUGGCUUCUGCUAGUGAUGACCGCACGGUUCGAAUAUGGGUAGCGCGCAAAAUGCAUAGUAAAUAUUGUUGAAGUGUGAAAUUUUGUAUGUUUGUGUAAAUAGUUGUACAUCUGGACUGCAUCCACAAAUCCAUUUGGGAUCAUGUUCUGAUGUUCUUCCCGAAAUAGGUCGUAGCUACUUUCAGAAAUAAACCUCUAAGGCUCCAACAGCCAGAGGUAGCCGGUGCUGUGUUCCAGAUGUAUGCCUGGCUAACCGGUGAGUUUUGACACAUGUACAGGACAUAGAUGCAUCAGAACUUUGUACAUUUUGUGAUUUGAUACAUGCCUUUGACACUCGUUGAAAGUGCUGAAAUGUGCCUUCUGUUGCUGUGGA